AUGAUUUUUUAUAUUUUUCAUCAGCAAAUCCAGCAAACUGUGCUUGACACGCUGACGCCAGAUGACAUCCGUGUCUUGAUAGCUACAGUAGAUGAGGACUCCAGGAAGGGGGGCUUUGAGAGGGUGUUUCCCACUGCCAAAUCCAGCAAAUAUCUCAAGUUCUUUGAGCAGCCAAGGUACUACAACCUGUUGUUAAACCAGUGGGUUCAGAGGUAUAACAAGAUGGAGGCAAGGGGCGUGGCACUCCUGGAUUCCUUCUGUCAGAAAUGGGUCCAUGUGCAAAGUCCAACUACAGAUCCUUAUCACCAGUGGAGUCCUCCAAAUGCCACCCCUCGCACACUGAGUGCUCCGUCUAGCAAACCAGGAGUAGGGAACUCAAGUUCAACAUCCCAGCUGCCAAAGCUACGCAAGAAGAACAACAAGCCAAUUCAGAAAAUGUCCCACUCAGGAAGUGCGUCAUCACUGGAUAAGUAUAUGAUGCCAUCCAACCCACCGUCCAAACAGAACAGAUGAGGCCUUCCCCGUCUACCACCAUUGAAGGAACUUUUAGAAGCUUCGGAUAUUACAUUUUUUGGCCAGCAAAGUAGUAGUAGUAAUAGUAGCAUUCGACUUCACCUUACACCUGGCGAGAGUUUGAAGCAGCAGCGUAACUCUAUAUCAGACUGGAUGAAGAAGGUACGAGAGUCUAUUGGAGAGUUGCCAGAUUCCUUAGCAACCAAGGAGAACCUAAUCGACACUGGUGAUGUCAGUGUUGAAGAAGAUAGCAUUCCUCCUUUAACUUUGCCAUUGAAUUUGAAGGAAUCCUCAAACUCUGUCACAGGGACUUCGCCGUCAUUCCUGGAAGCAGUGACACAGAAACGUGCCAACUCUGUCAGCUUGGCAAUAGCUCGAAGGGGUUUGCUCCCUAAGAGUGGUAACAGCGCCACCUUGCGGGAACAUGCACGUCUCACCAGCGUCAGUCGUGUUGGGAUGCGUGACCUUGACAGCAGUCUGUCUCAGUACAAGAAGGCUUCAUGGUCUCAGUCCAGUACCUCGGAUUCGGCCGUCUUCACGAUGUCAGGUGCAGAGUCAGAGGCACUCGAUAACAGGCCUGCAGCUAGAAGAGGAGGAAGACCUCGGCCCUCCUCUUAUAAGAUUCAGCGCCAUUCCAGCUUCAACAGCAAGGAUUACACAGGUCCAGUAGGGUCAAAUAUUAUACCUGUGUGGAGAGAGACACUGCAGAUCAUGCGACGCCAUAGUUCUCCCCAAGGUAGCAAGCUGCUCGCCAGAGCUCAAGUGUACUCUGUGGCCGAAGUUCAGAAUCUCAACGACAUAGGACAACCAUCUUCUUUUCACGCGCACAAAUAAAUAAGAACUGCCCAAUCAAGCUAGUAUUCCAUUGGUUCGUGACACGUUUCCAUUAACGCCGAAAAGGCAGGAAUGCUGAUCAUGUAAUAAGCAUUCUGAGUGGUCAUUUCUGAUGACUAAAACGUAAACUGAUUGGACAGUUUUUCAGGUCUCCUCUGUGAUAGUAGUGUAAUAUGUAGUACUGGCGCCAUUCACACUGAAUUUAUUGUGCUGUUAGUAUAGAGUUAUUGUAGUUAGUCAAUUAGCGUGCUUACAUCAAAUGACCAUAUCAUCAGUAUUACAGUCCCCCCCCAGUGAUGGAUUAGGUUUUGAAAUAGAGACCAAUCACCUUGGCCCCCAUGUGAUAUAAAAUUAUUUUUUCAAGUAAUAUGAGGCCAAGGGAUGUCUUUAUGCAACCUAAAAGUCUGUUUAAACGCAGCCAUUAGAGUGGAUUGCUAACGCAAGUGGCACAUAGUUACUGGGUAGUGUCAGUCAUGUUGCUGCUCCAGGUAAUAAAUACAUCAAGGUAAUGCCGAUGAUUACAAUGAAAUUCAUGUCUAAUGGACUGAGUUAAUUGCCUGUUGUGCACCUUAUGUAUGG